UCCUUCCUUGUUUGGAGCCAGUGAUAGGUGGCAGUUCUCUUGGCCACUGCCUGGCCAGCGGACCCUGAUGAGCUGUCAACCCUGCAGCCUGUGACUCCCCCUGCAGUACUUGUGCCUCCUGGGCCCCCCGCGCCACCCAUCCAAGGAUAUGCCUUCAAGCCUCCACCUCGACCUGACUUUGGGACCUCGGGAAGAACAAUCAAACUACAGGCCAACUUCUUCGAAAUGGACAUCCCCAAAAUUGACAUCUAUCACUACGAAUUGGAUAUCAAGCCAGAGAAGUGUCCAAGGAGAGUUAACAGGGAAAUAGUGGAACAUAUGGUCCAGCACUUUAAAACACAGAUCUUUGGGGAUCGGAAGCCAGUGUUUGAUGGAAGGAAGAAUCUUUACACAGCUAUGCCCCUUCCAAUUGGGAGGGAUAAGGUGGAGCUGGAGGUCACACUGCCCGGAGAAGGCAAAGAUCGAAUCUUCAAGGUGUCCAUCAAGUGGGUGUCCUGUGUGAGCCUGCAGGCCUUGCAUGACGCACUUUCAGGGCGUCUGCCCAGUGUCCCUUUUGAGACGAUCCAGGCCCUGGAUGUGGUCAUGAGGCAUCUGCCAUCCAUGAGGUACACCCCCGUGGGUCGCUCUUUUUUCACUGCCUCUGAGGGCUGCUCCAAUCCUCUUGGUGGGGGCCGAGAAGUGUGGUUUGGCUUCCAUCAAUCCGUCCGACCUUCUCUUUGGAAAAUGAUGCUGAAUAUAGAUGUGUCGGCCACAGCGUUUUACAAGGCACAGCCAGUAAUUGAGUUCGUUUGUGAAGUUUUGGAUUUUAAAAGUAUUGAAGAACAACAAAAACCUCUGACAGAUUCCCAAAGGGUAAAGUUUACCAAAGAAAUUAAAGGUCUAAAGGUGGAGAUAACGCACUGUGGGCAGAUGAAGAGGAAGUACCGCGUCUGCAACGUGACCAGGCGGCCUGCCAGCCACCAAACGUUCCCCCUACAGCAGGAGAGUGGGCAGACGGUGGAAUGCACAGUGGCCCAGUACUUCAAGGACAGGCACAAGCUGGUUCUGCGCUACCCCCACCUCCCGUGUUUACAAGUCGGACAGGAGCAGAAACACACCUACCUUCCCUUGGAGGUCUGUAACAUAGUAGCAGGACAGAGAUGUAUAAAAAAACUAACCGACAAUCAGACCUCAACUAUGAUCAGAGCGACUGCCCGGUCAGCGCCCGAUAGGCAAGAAGAGAUCAGCAAAUUGAUGCGAAGUGCAAGUUUCAACACAGACCCAUAUGUCCGUGAGUUUGGAAUCAUGGUGAAAGACGAGAUGACUGAUGUGACGGGGCGGGUCCUACAGCCACCCUCCAUCCUCUACGGAGGCCGGAACAAAGCAAUUGCCACCCCUGUCCAGGGUGUCUGGGAUAUGAGGAACAAGCAGUUCCACACAGGCAUCGAGAUCAAGGUGUGGGCCAUUGCCUGCUUCGCCCCCCAGCGCCAGUGCACGGAAGUCCAUCUUAAGUCCUUCACAGAGCAACUUCGAAAGAUCUCAAGAGAUGCUGGAAUGCCUAUCCAGGGCCAGCCGUGCUUCUGCAAAUAUGCCCAGGGGGCGGACAGUGUGGAGCCCAUGUUCCGGCACCUGAAGAAUACAUACGCUGGCCUGCAGCUGGUGGUGGUCAUCCUGCCUGGCAAGACCCCAGUCUAUGCUGAGGUCAAGCGCGUGGGCGACACAGUGCUUGGGAUGGCCACACAGUGCGUGCAGAUGAAAAACGUGCAGAGAACCACACCACAGACCCUGUCCAACCUCUGCCUGAAGAUCAAUGUCAAGCUGGGAGGCGUCAACAACAUCCUGCUGCCCCAGGGCAGGCCUCCAGUGUUCCAGCAGCCUGUGAUCUUUCUGGGAGCAGAUGUCACUCACCCACCUGCGGGGGACGGGAAGAAGCCUUCGAUUGCCGCAGUCGUGGGCAGCAUGGAUGCGCACCCCAACCGCUACUGCGCCACUGUGCGUGUGCAGCAGCACCGGCAAGAGAUCAUUCAGGACCUGGCGGCCAUGGUGCGUGAGCUGCUCAUCCAGUUCUACAAGUCCACACGCUUCAAACCCACCCGCAUCAUCUUCUACCGCGAUGGUGUCUCCGAAGGCCAGUUCCAGCAGGUCCUUCACCACGAGCUGCUGGCCAUCCGUGAGGCCUGUAUUAAGCUGGAAAAGGACUACCAGCCGGGGAUUACGUUCAUCGUGGUGCAGAAGAGGCACCACACACGGCUCUUCUGCACUGACAAGAACGAGCGGGUUGGGAAGAGUGGGAAUAUUCCAGCAGGCACAACUGUGGACACGAAGAUCACCCACCCAACGGAGUUUGACUUCUACCUGUGUAGUCAUGCCGGCAUCCAGGGGACAAGCAGGCCGUCCCACUACCAUGUCCUCUGGGAUGACAAUCGUUUCUCUUCUGACGAGCUGCAGAUUCUCACCUACCAGCUGUGUCACACCUACGUGCGCUGCACACGUUCUGUGUCCAUCCCAGCGCCAGCCUACUAUGCCCACCUGGUGGCCUUCCGGGCCAGGUACCACCUGGUAGACAAAGAACACGAUAGUGCUGAGGGGAGCCAUACCUCGGGGCAGAGCAACGGGCGAGACCACCAGGCCCUGGCCAAGGCGGUCCAGGUCCAUCAGGACACGCUGCGCACCAUGUACUUUGCUUGACGUGUCUAGUGUCCAGCGAUUGUGCAUCAAGUUGGAUUCACACGAGACCAGCCUCACUCAGACCAACAGACGCCCAGCCCUCCGUGACAGCCAGCAUCCAACAUGAGAGUCAUUGAUUUUAUCAGAUCUCCAUUUUCCAGAAUGCCUUCCGUCCCAGAUUUCAAACUUGGAUUUUGAACUGCAGACCUGUAUGAGACCCCACUGUCGUAGGAAAUAUGGUUUGCCAAAAUCUAUGAGCUGCUUAUUAAAAUAGAAUCCCGUGUUUCCUAAAAAUCCUAAAACCAGUCUAUGAACUCAGGGCUUUAAAACAUUUUUUAAUUUAUUUGGUCAUUCAAUUUACUUGUUUUUAACACAUAAUUCUCUAUGAAAUUGAUGGGCUCAAACUAGCUGUGAAUGUUCUGAGAGUGAAAGCAACACAAAACAUUGUGGUUUUAAAGCCUUGAACAUUCUGAUGUUGUCACUGAAGUUGAUUUCCAAGAGGCGUGGUGUGCUUGUGGCCUGGCUGCACAAGCUCAGCCCCAAGGGCAGGUGGCCGUGCACGGCAUCCACAGGUGUGUCUUGCUCUGCCAUUGCCUACCUCCCAUAGCGUGAGCCGAGGUACAGUGGCAGAAGGAGGGCCACGUGUGUUUACAGCAGUGACAUGUCCAGAGAGAUUGGCAGAUAAGUGCCAUUUUAAUAACAAUUUAUUUAAAAAGAGAAGAAAGACAAUAUACCGACAGUCUAAUCAUAAGAUUUGUCCUAUAGGACUGUGACGUUUAUUUUCCAAAGUUUCUAAAGAAUACGGGUCUGUGGUGAGAAAUACAGUACAAUCCUUUUUCACUGUUAUGUCUUUAAUGUAAGAGAAGAAUAUAUAUAUCUGGUUUGCAGUAUUAAUGUGAUAGGUAGAUGCUGUUUUCCUUUUGUUGACUACGGGGUGCUUCUUGUGACCUGUUUUGCAUAUCAGGAGGUUGGAGCCUGGAGACAGGCCACCUCUUGUGGCUCUUAGUGCUUAAGUACAGGAAUAUGCAACUGACUUUGUGUGACAGCCAUCUGCCCCCAGUGUGGACUGUGUGGCCUGUACCUCCGGGAGGGACGGCGUGUCCACCAGUCACUCGCCACCCUCCCUCUGCCUCCUCCCCAUGUGUUGCUCAGCCGAUGAAGCACAAAUGGAGUUUAUUUAUUCUUCCAUCGCUGGGAAACAAGUUCAUGUAUCAGAGUGCACUUCUCCCUGCGUGCAGUCUUGUUAGGCGAGUUUCAUAGGAUCUAUGCACUGAGACAGACGGAAAGCUGCUGCCGGUAGCUCUCUCCUGGCUGCAGUCAGGGCAGUGGAACCUGCCCUGAGAGGAUCGCCCAUGGAGAUGCCAGCAGAGGACACAGAACGCUCUGUGGGGAUUUGCAUCCAGGGCCCCAGAUGUGGGUUUGCCAAUCUAGAAACCAUUGCACUAAGAGUGACGCCACAGACAGCUUAAAGGUAACAGCAGAUGUGGCUAUUUGUGCUGAAUGGGCCUGUUGUCCUCGUGUGCAAUCUGAGAAUCAUGCCCAUGCUCCAUGUAGACCUUAAGGAAGGGGACAAGCCUCCCCUGUGCUGCUUUGUGCUCUGCAGGUUUCCCCUCUCCCUGCCGAUGUCCCUUCCCCAUCCCUAUGUGACGUUACCUCUGGCACUGCGGUGGAGUGAGGGUCCCAAAGGUGGUGCCUCGUGCUGAGGUAGGCACCCACCUGUUCCUGUCCUUCACUCCAGAGGUGGUAGGAGUGUUGGUGAGCCCCUGGCAGAGCAUCCUGACCCUGGGCCUGGGCUGGCGGCAGAGACAGGUGGCUGUGGUCGGUGAAGAUGAGUACUCAGUGGGGGGGUGUCUCUGUGUGCAUGUGGGUCUCUUACUUAGUCUUUUCUUGCUGUAUCUUUUUUUAAUCUUUUUAAGUGACAGCAGCCUCCGCUCUAAGAAGCACUACAGCUGCCUGUUGUCUUAUUGGCAAGUGGCACUUUUUCCUGCUUCCAGAAGGACACAGAUACACUGAGCUGAGCUCACCAGGCAUACUGAAGCUGAAGAGGGAAUGUUUGGGCUAGUAAAUUUUUAGAAUCUGAUAUUUAGUUUCAGCCAUUCUUAGAGCCAUUUGGAACCUUGUUUCCCAAAGGUGUUUCUCUACCCUCUGCAACAGGAUCUGGGUGUCAGAGAAGGGCAGGUCUGGUUAAAUGCAGAUUCUGAGCUGUCUACAAACAAACAACCUGAAUCAGGUUCUGGGGAGUGGCUGGGCAUCUGCAUUUUUUAAGGUAUCACUUGCCAGCUCUGGAGUAGCUGGGGAGGGGGAGGCCUUCUGAGGACGUCCUCCCAGGGCACCUGCAAGGAGGGCCUGCUCAGCAAAGCCAGGAGGUGUGAGCAAGUACAGGCUGGCAGGAAAUCAGACCUGGUUUGGUUUUGUUUUGUUGUAUUUUAGUUUAGUCUUGUUUUGAUCACUUUGAAGGAUAAGUUUUCUUUGAAGAAGGGUACUUUUUUAUAACCCUCUGCUUGUUUUGUAAAACUUUUAAAACUAAAAGCAUUAACAGACCAAAUGUCCCCAUUUGUCAGCUGCAUAUCUUGUACGUGUCAGAUGAUUCAGAAUUUAAAUGGCUGUAGUCACAAUUUCUCAGGUAAAUAAUUGUUUAAUAACCCCAUUAUCGGCAUAAGUUUUGAGGCAGCGCAGUAAGUAGCGUGAGUCCAACCCCGUUCACGUGGAAGCCAGGAGCGGUGCCCCUCCACCUCUGCCCACACUCGUGCCCAAGGAAGCUGGCUCCCAGGUGGCUCCUUGCCCCUGGGGCUCCUAUGCUUAUGUUCAAAUUUGAGGGCUGACCGCUCAGUCGCUGGCUUUGUCCCCACCCCACUGUUAAGUAAGGUGUGCCUUGCUUUAAGCAAACUGAAUGUGAAGAUGACAAUGUAGAAAUCUGGAUUCAUCUAAAAGGAAAACUGGGACUUAUCUCUUUAGAAGAGGCCUGCCAAUUAACAAUGAUUCCUCCUGGGACUCUUCCUAGUAUACUUUAAAACACUCACUUUUUAAAAACCAUUAGUGAACUCCCGUUUACCACUCUCUCUCAUGCUCAGCAGCUCCUCCCUGUGAUAGUAAGUGAUGCAAGGUCCAGGAGACCAUUUAAAGGAGAGCACCUGUGACAUUAGCAAAGAUACCAUCCUGUCACUUGGUGGUUGUGAGCUCAGAUUCCUUGCUCAGAAAAACUUUGUAUGACUGGGUGGGUGUGUCUGUGCUUUUAGAAAGGGGUCGCUUGCUCUUGGCCUGGGUUUCCUACGGAGGAGUCCGUGUACACACUUUCUGGCAUCCAUUCUAGGGUCUGCUUGGUCUUCUCCAUAUCACCAGGUGGCCCUGGCCGGAGGGUCCAAGCCUCCUGCUGCCUGCCCCCACCCCGCUCCCCAGGGCAGUCGUGGCUGCCCGCAGCGAGCAAGCUGGUGCUCCGGGCCCUGCUUGCCCCAUUGCUGAGUGCUCAUUAGAAAAAAACAUUGAGGUUCAGUUCCUGCAGCGGGAUUUGGGAUUGGGGGAGUUUUAUUGUUGUUGUAUGUUGUUUUUAUUGUUGUUAAAUGCAAAUAUUGCUAUUUAUUUUUUAUUUUUUUCCUUUCUGCUCUGGUUUGAUUUGGCUGAUGUGGGUAUUCCAGUGCAUGGUACCUGAUAUGGUAGAAAUGAUUUUCCCCAACUUUUAUAAAUGACCUAAUGUUUACCUUCAAGGUUGCUGGAUGAUUUUAUUUUUGAAAGCCACAAAUGUAGUUUUUCUGGAUGAAUUGUUUUUUUAAUAUAUGCAGCAGUGUGCUUUCACAUUGAUCUGCCGGGUGGUUUAAAUUUUAUUUUUACAAGGCAGUUUUUCAGUCAAAUUAUAUAUUUGAUACAAUAUGUCAAGGGCACACCAGCCAUGUGCCAUGCAGUGGGACACCAGAGGGUCAGGGGCCUCUGGGGGUUGGUGGCCGCUCCUGGCUGCCCAGGGUCGUGGUAGCACUCAGCUUGUUGCAGGGGCCCCGGGAACUGGGUGGGCCUUUCAGUGCGGCUCUGGUCUGGCAGGCAGGUCCAAGGGACUUCACGGGCAUUCUCCUGCACCUAUGGCAGCUCCAUUAGGAGGUGCUUUAGACGUUGACCUAAUUAGACAGUGGACAAUCCCAGUGGCCCCGACAAGCCAUAAGAAGCUCCCCUGUGACCUCUCUUUGACUCAUCUCUGUGCUCAUGAGAAAAGGAAUGUAUAAUAAGUAGAAACAGAUCCUCGUCAGUGUUCACAGGCCUCCCCUGCAGAAUGCACAUGUUUUAUUUAUACUUCAAGCCCUCCCUUCUCCAGCUGCCAUGCCAGCAGUCUCAUUGCUGUGACGUGUUUCCAUGUGGACAUAGUGCACAUGUGACUCUGUCACGGGGGGUGUCCCUGUUACAUGCAUGUUGACGCUUUUGUAAGGAAAAUUUUUCAGCUCAAGUAAUUGCACUGAUUUUUUGACAACUUCUUUUUAUUGUGUCCAACUUUGCAUCUGCUGUACUUGUUUGAAAUGAUUGUAAAUAGACUCGUAGUAGCAGAAAUGAUGUGAAGACAGGAUGGACGCUGCUUGGCUUCACGUCUCAGUGUUGUGUGUUAGGGUGGUGCAGACUGGCCUCUGCCCUGCUUCCUGCUCGUUAGCCUCGUGUCUUGACCAUUCACAAAGGACAGACAAGCCUCCUUUUCUCGUGUCUCUGACAGGAAGUUUCCGUCUGCUUUCCUGAUGGCUGCAGAGUCAAACUCAAGAGGACUGACUGUAAACCUUUGGGACACUUCUUGGUCUGUUCAGUUUUUUGUUGUUUGUCAUGGCUCCCCAAAGUACUUCCUUGUUGUUCCAUCCAGCCAUUGACAGUUUGGGCAGAAGCAUCUGCAUGGCCCAUAUUAGCAGACCACGGGGGCCUCUCUUGCAUCUCUUUGGCCAGCUGUCUGUUUAAAGCCACAAGGUCACUGUCAUGUCAGACUGUCAUUUGUGGCUGUAUCCAUUAAUGCCAGAGAGACCCGAAGCCCAGUGCUUGCUCGUACAUUGUGUUCUGCUGGAUGCAAGGGACAUGUUCCAGCCGCCAUGUAUAACUGUGUCUGUGGUCAGGCUUCCCAGUAUCAGAUACAGAAAGGAGCUUUCAAACCCAAACAGGUCGUGCGUGUGCGUGCGUGUGUGUGUGUGUGUGUGUGUGUGUGUGUGUGUGUGUGUGUGUGUGUGACAUCAGUGCCAUCAUGUUGCUUCUGUGGAUGUGUCCUGCCAUUUUAUUGUCUCAAGUGAAUGUAUUGGCUUAGCCAAGUCACUAACAGAAGGUGGUUUCUAAAUACCUUUUAGUUAAAACAGAUACAGAUAAAAAGCUACCUCUGAAAUCUCAGUAGAUUCUUAUUUGCUCUUAAGUGUAGCUAUCCACACUGAAAAUAGCCAAAAUGUUGCCUGAGUAAACUGAAUUUGGAACAUCUCUCUGUUCAGUUCUGGCUUGAAAAUGUGUGUGCCAUACUGUGACCGGGGCAGCAGCCCCCCAUCCUCUGUUGUGGCAGUGGACCAGGGACUUCUUAGCGCUGUCCAGCUGCGAGGGUCUAGUGCUCUGGGAGGCCAGGUGUAAAGGGAAUGAAGGGCUUCCAUGCGCAGUUGGAGUGCCUUCUGCCAGGCCGUGAGGAGCACCGUGCAGGGCACGCGCGAUGGAGCCGGGGGUGCUCUGUCCUGCCUCCUGUGCUUUCCUGUUGAAGGGAAGCAGCCCCUGUUUUUUCUGCUUGCUUAUAAAUGGGUAAACAAUGGCUUCCCCCGCCUGCUCUCCUCUCCAGUCUCACUCUCUAAAGUCACCAAGGUGCUUUAACACCGGCUCUCUUUUAAGAGACACUUUUGAGAUAGUUGCAGAGUUUCAAAAGAGGGCAGGAUCCUGAAUUUCUGUCACUCCCCAUUUAUAAAGGAACUAAGGGUUAAGAAUAAAAUGAUCUGUUCCAACCCAGGGUCCUUUGAGAAGACCAUAGCUCCAGAGGAAGGUCCUGCCGCCCACCCUGGGGAUUAUAACAUGCUGUCUUGCAGGAAGUCUGGCUCCAGAGCACCAGUUCCUCUGAGUAGCCCCCAAGUGAGGACCCACUCUGCUCUCAGCAGUGUCGUCCCCACGCCCUGCACUGUGGGUCUGUCGCGUCCCUGGCCUGCCCCGCUUCUUUCUCUAGGUUCCUCAUGGUCUCUGGUCUUGGAGCUUUGCAGUCACUCCAAAGCCCCUCCUCCAUUGGUUGGAUUUGGAAUUCUUGAGGGACAGGUGACAGGUUCACCACUGUGGGUCUGGUGUGGAGAUGGCUCUGUGCUUCCUGUGGCUUUGGCCCUGAGUGGCCUGAUACAUCAUUCCCUGGAGAAGCUGCCUGUAACACUGUGGUUGGGGUGGGAUGGGGUUCGGGCCAUCUGGGGUGCUUCGAUUCUGAAAGAGCUAAGUGUCCUUCACAGUCUAAGAAUGUUUGGGUCCUGCCCUCACACUGUUCUCUAUCCCGGGAAGCAUGGGUGUUUAGGUUGGGUGCCAGUGACGUCCCUGACUGGCCUCCUUGGCUGCUUGACUCCUCUGUGUUGGCCUUGGGUUUUUAGCCAGAGUCCAGUGCAGGGCAUUUGAGAGAAAUGCACAGCCCCAGCCCCUGCUGCACUUGGAUCUGUCUGCCUGCCUCUGCUCGUGACUCCAGGAGACAGGUGGCUUCUCCCACUCCAGGUGUGGGGGAAAGCUUAUUCUGAAGGAAGGCACUGAGGACCACUGGUGCUUUUGCUGAGACUUUUCUUAUUGGUUACGGUGAGAAAUUCAGAUAUGUUAGGUCUCCAGAGCCCUUGGUGGUGUGACUGGGGGUUAAAUCCUCACAUUGUCCCUCUCCCUUUUAGUGGGGGCAGUGAAAGGAGGCUAGAUUAUCUCCCAUUUAAAACCUCCUUGGAUUUAGAUAGUUCUGAGUUAAAGCUGAAACACCAAAUAUUAACUCUUCUCAUUCUUUCCGUAAUUUCAAGGUCCUUAAAACCAGUGAGUUGAACCCAAGAACACCUGCGCCACCCAUUGGCAGCAGGCAGGGGUGUGAUGCAGGCUGCCCUGCAGAGCCAGCUGUGUGCACAGGACCAAGGCUCCUUGGCACCUGGGAGAUUGUGAGAACAGUCUGAAGGGCGGAGUGGGGCAGGACCCCACCCAAGAGGCAGGUGGCCCCAGGUCUUCCUCCCGUCUCUACCCGGGUCUGGAAACUCAGCCCCAGACUCUGUGCCUUUGAAGUCUGGUUCUCAGUGUCCUUUUGGAGUGGUGUUGGGGCUGUGUUUGUAGUGGGAGCAAGCCUGAGCCAUCUGACAAGUCAGCUACUGCGCUGCCACCCUCAGCCCCAGGCUACAACCUGAUGUGGGCUGGCUACCACUGCAGGUGGCCCACGGGUGCUGCUGGUGCCAUCCCAUCCCCAGCGUCUCCCCUGCCCUGAGGAGCAUACUUCUGCUGCGGUUUUAGGAGACUGGUGUGACCACCUCUUAGUCAGGCCUUGACCGUGACCAUCAGCAAAGCCUGAUGGUUUUGUUCCCUUAGUGACUCAGCAAGAAUGUCUGUUUGUAAUGGAAGCAGAUGGUUGAAACAGGAGUUGGAAUCAUGUGUUUGUGAAUGUGUGUGACGUCCUCAGACGUAAGGUGCUCUUCAGUCCUUCUGUUCUUGUUGUUGCUGUUUUGUGACUUUCGGGGACACCAUUUACUUGGGCCUGGUGUCACCUGAGCUGUGCACAGAGGGCUCCGCUUCCACGAGCAGUUUCAUCUCUAGCUUUUCCAAGCCAGGUAUUGAGCAGCUUCUUGGUCAGUGGUCUGAUUGAAAACCACCCGUCCCUGUCAAGGGAUGACCUUGUGGGUUUUGGUUGGAGACAGAAUCCAUCGUGUUUAUUUUUUAAAUAUAUGGAAAAGGCCUUUCCCUUGGCAGAGUCACUGGCUGCAGAGAGGGUGAUUCAUUAACAAUUCUGGUUCCUCUUCAAAGCCAAAUAGACCCAUGUGACUAAGAUUCUAAAGUAUGUAGUUUAGCAUUCAACUGAAAUUCAAGUCCUGAGUUUGAUAGUGGAUUUUAAUAGUUGUUAAAGGUAUGAAUUCAUGUUUUAUAACUGUAGAGGCAAGUGAGUUUUUUAUUUUUAAAAAAGUUUUAAGAGAAUAAUUGUAAGUUUCUGUGCAGCAAAGUGGCUAAGAGCUCAUUAAAUAUAAGCAGAGAAUGUAGUAUCUAAAUCCAGAUUUUCCUUACCUCCGGUACACUUCAAGAUCACUUGCCUAAUAUGUAUUGAGGGGCUUUAGCCCUUAGUUUUAUCAAUUUUUCUAGUUUUAUUUUAUUUUUAUAAAAUAAUUGAAAAAGAACCAAAAAUGAAUUCAAAAGUCCCAUAAUGGAUCUUGCCCCUUCUUAAUUUUACCCAAUAGUAACACAUUAUAGAAGACAUUUUGAAUCAAAAUGUAUUAUGACCAUUUGAAGUUUACUGUUUUCUAAGAAAUCGAGCAGCUAAAGGGCCUCACUUCAGGUAGUACUCCAUGUAUUGUCCUGGACUCGGUCGUCCCUGCACGGUGGAUCUGCGUGAACAUGUCUUGUGCUUGCAAUAUGGAAACCAUGCAGUGCUGUUUUGUAAAUUGACAGUUCCUGUAUAAACACCAUUAUUUAUAUACGUCGGCCUCUCUGUAUAAUUUUUCAUUUGCUACAUGGAUUGUAUAAUUAAUUAUAAAAUUAUAGUACCUGCUAAAUCCAGUCUGAGGCUUCAUGUCAUUAUCUUUGGUUUGAUACCAUUCUGUGUGUCAUGAGGGUGUCCAGUGUUUGCGUGAUGCUAGGCGGUAAUGCCACUUUAAAUUAAGCCUUAAUUAGAUACUAAAUUUGUGAGAUUCAGAGUAUGCAAAAAUGAUAGGCAGAGUGAGUUUAAACUGUUCCAAUCAAUACACUAUAUCAUAAAUAAACAAAUGUUUUUCUCUGAAGUUAAAAAGGGAAGCAUCUAGUAAUUACCGCCCUCCCCACCCCACCCUAGCCCAUCCCUGCAUUCUCUCUGGUCUGGCUUAGCUAUUGCCCUUGUUUGAUGAAAAUGGACCGUUGUUCAUUUCUGUGGCAGUCAGUCCAAAAGACCUGUUCUGAAAGUCUAGAGACUUUUUCAGGGUUGUUUUUUAAAUGUUUGAUUUUUUUUUCCCCUCCAGUCUGAGAUUUAUUUAUACUACUGGAGAGUACGAUUUGGGUGUAGGUCUUACUUGCAAACCUGCUCAUGUUCUAUAAGCUUUCUUCAGGUAGUGCCACCUGUCAUUGCUUCUGCAUAUGAUUGAGACGGAUUUAUGUUUUGUAAAAGCAUCUUCAGUUUAGAGAUAAAAUAGAGGGGACCCAGCUUUCUUUACAAUGUGGAUCUACCUCAGUUAAACAGUUGGGUGCUAUUACUAAGUCUGUCAAAUUAAAUUGGAAAAAGUAACCAAACAGUGAGAUGUUGACUCCACAUGAAACUUGAAAUCACAGUUUCCGUUUUUUUAAUAAUAUUUUUUAUUUAUUUUGUGCCUUUUAUGUUGAACCUUAAUGCAUUUGAAAAAUCAGUAUAGAAUUACAUUGCAGAUGGGGAGAAGAGCCCAAUUGGCCAUGGAAUUUGAUAGAUUCCCAGCCAACUGCUGCAGUACAUCAGAAUCCCAACUACCCUCUUGUGGAAGGGGAAAAAAUUAUGUCUAAAAGCAAAUUUACCUUUUAAAAAAAUCCAAAUUCUUCUAUGCAUAUAUUUAAAGCUAUCACUUCAUUUUCUGUGCCAAUGAAGGGGCGGCCAAAAAAAAAAAAUCAUAAGUACUUUCUUCAUCGCUGUGUAGCCAUUCAUGCCCCUCUUCCUCUGGCAAAUUCCCUAAGAGCUUCUUCAUGAGCAGCAGACGGACUGCUGCUGGUCCAUCUCCUGGCCCACCCAGUGCAGGUGCUGAUGACCAGGAGCAGAGGAAGGGUGGGCUCAUGGCUGUCUGGAGGCAGGUUUCCAAAGUUAGGAAGGCUUCCUGAAGAGUAAGAAAAUCAGAUAGGAGAUCGAUGACUUUCCACUUUUAUAUUUGGCAGUUUACAAUUCUAGACUUUUCCUACUAUGGCAAUCUUUUUUAAUUCUUUGGAGGUAACACACUAUUUUGGAGUCUUAAGAAUUUGAUUUUAUAACAAUAAGAAAUAAAAGUUAGGGAUCUUUCCUGUAGUAUAUAGUUUUACUAUUUUAAGGAGAUCUCUGAAUUUUACAAGAGAACCAACAUUCCUUAGUGGCAAAACUUUGAAAGUUGAUUUGGGAGGCUUUUUGCUGUAGGACCUCAAAAAAAAAAAAAAAAAGAUGAUAAUUCUAGUUUAAAUGUUUUUUAAUUUUUUAACUUCCAUCAGGUUGAUACAUAAGCUAUAUUUUAUAAAGAGUAAAUCAUCCUUUAGUAUGCUGCAUAUAAAGAUCAGAGUUGUUGCACUUUCUCUAAUAAUAAAUGCCCUACAAUUGGCUCGCCAGGAAGCAUUUUGUUUUCCCCUAACAAGAGUACUUGGGGGUGGGGUGGGGGGUGAUUAAAAUCUAUAUAGGUACCUCAAGAAAAAGAACCUGCAUAUGCUGCAUUUUGUUUCUUUAGCUUUUACAUGUAGCAUUUUGUCUUGCUUUGGUUAUUUUGUUUAGAUAUAUGCUUUUUGGACCCCAAUAGACUGUUGAAAGAAAAUUCAAAGUUUCUCUUGUCGAGGUAUAGUAUCCUUUUUUAACGUACUGCAAUGUCUGAUUCAGAGGUUGCCCUGCAUUAGAGUACCGUACCCAGACACUCCUGAGGAAAGGGUGCGACGUUCAUGGCAGACAGCAAUGUGGCGGAUCCUUUCUGUUCAUGCUGCUCUCGAAUCCCUUCUCCAUGUCAUCAGAGGCUGGAGACCUUAUUUCUAAGCUCAAAGUUGAAAACCAUGGCAUUUUAGUUUUUCAACACAGACCUCAUAGAGUCAUUGCCAUUGGGCAAGUGCGUGACCCUACAGUGCUGCUGGUGGCAGCAGCUGGUCGGCCUGGCCUCCGAGGAGCCAGCCUGCGCCUUUCUUCAUUCCCCUGCACUCACCCCAGGCUGAACUGGUGGGGGUGGUCUGGAUGGACAAGACAAACUGGUGAAGAAAGCUAAAUGCUGAGACACUGAGCACCUGUUGUGUUUAAGCUUAGCUGGGUCCUUUCAAGUUUGUUUUUACAGCUUACUAGGUUAAGUAGUUUGCACUAUUUUUGCAAUAAAUUCAUGGAAAAACCUAACAGUUACUUGUUUUGUUUCUUACUGUGUGUAUAUAAACUAAUAUUAAAAGUUUGGCAUAGUGUUUUUUCACCUCCUUACAUAACCCCUAACAUGCACAGAAUGCUGUAAAUCUGAUAAAAUAUGAUGUGAAUGAUAUUUUAUAAAGUUAUUUUGUAUGGUGUCGAUUUUGUUUUGCCUCAUAGUAUGUCAGCAAAAAUUAAAUAAAAUUCCUCGUAUUUACA